UGCAAAGAAGACAUUUCCCCACGAUUUGUUAGAAAAUUCUAGUGUAUUUUUAAAUAAAAAAUUAAUAAAAGUUAUUAACAAAUAUAAUUAAAUUGUUCAGAAAUCAUUUGUGUAAUUGUUAAGCAAUGAUAACGUUUGAUAAAUUGUGUUUCAAUGAUGAGGAAGUGUUUGAGAAAAAAGUGUUGUGUCGCUGAUGCUAUAACCACUGCUGCACCGUCUCACCGCUAGGUAGCGCAGAAGUGGCGACGGGUCAGGGUAACGAGCAGCAUUCAAGCAUUAAAGCCAACAAUAACAACAAUAAGCAACAAAUAACAAUAAUAAAUGAACAAUUUUUAUAUAAUUUUUAAUUUAAACAAUAAAAUUGUUGGCGCAAAAAGUUUCUAAGACAAGAAACAAAGAAAAAAAUUGCUAAUAUUUAACGAGAAAAUAAAUGAAAAAAAAUAAAAUAAAUAAAAAUUAUUAACAAAUCAUAUAAAAAAAUAUACCGCGCAAUACCGCGCGUUCACAUCAAAUCGUACAACAAACUAUAGCUCGAUUGUUGUGCAACACGAACUUUUUUUUUGAGAGUGUUUCUUUUAUGUUUUAGUUGUUGCUGUUGUAUCAUAUUUUAUUAUAUUUUUAUUUUUUUUUUUGUUCGUAUUGUAAAUUGUUUGUUGGCAGAAAAUUCCAACGGUGCAGUGAAUUGUGUUGUGUAUAUCGACUACAACAGAAAAAACAAAAAAAAAAUUCGAUUCGAUUGGUUUGGAUACGCUGUUGGAGCAUUGAAGCAUUGUGUGUAUCCCACCACUUCCCACCAAUACCCAGCACCAGCACCAGCACUUAUUGGGUACGUAGUGGCGUACACUGUAUCUACUCUAAGCCGCCGUACGUUAGUACGUUUAAUAUAUUGAAUCCCAGUCGAAAAAUCUGAGUCGAGUGCCUUGCUCUCGUGCUAGCUAAGCUAACAAUUCGUGUAUGUCAGUGGUGCGGCGCGGCUCCAGAGCGCGUUAAAUGCCAAAUGUUAAUGACAAUUAACUAAAAUAUUGCAAACGGUUGCGAAUAUUACAAAAAAUAUGUUUUAAUUGUGUUAAAAUAACAAUAAUAAUAAUAUUGUGUAAACUUAAACUUAUUACUGUGAGUUAUUUUUCUAUGUUAAUGCCGUACGACGCACCUAGCCAAAUUUAUGUUACAAAUGCAUAUGUGUAAAAAAAAGAAGUAAUUCUAUUUUACUAUGAAAAAAAAGCUUCCUGCUUCUUACAAUAAAAUUUCUGUGCCAAUUAAAUAAAUUAUUAUUAAAAAAAAUCAAUUGAAAACCUUUGUCACAAGUGCCAAAAGUCUUGCAUUAGCUACAUUUAAUGCACAACUGCAGUACAAAACAGUACCAACAACAAAAACAACAAACACAGCGAAUAAAGCAGCAGCAGCACCAACAACAACAACAACAGUGCAUAUUGUAAAAGCCAAUUGUACGCUAUAAUCCGUCUUUGUUGCACAUUAGACACGCAGCAGCAUAUUGCGUAAGUGCAGUUGAUGCCAACGUUUUUAUCUCUAAAAGGUUUACAGUCUUCAAAUGACGUUUUGAAAGUUUUACUUCCUCGAAGCAUGCAUUAAAAAUUAAUGACGGAAGAAUAAAGCAAAAAGUGAAAGGAAGAAAUUGAGUGCCAUAAAAGAAAACAAAAACAAAGAAAAACGUUAUGUAAUACAAAAUAUAUCUAGAAAAGCAAAAACAACGAAUUCCGUCCAAUAAUACUGAGAUUAAUGUGCCUUUAUACAACAGCUUAUUAAUAAAAUUUAAACUAAUUUUAAGUAAUUUUACAAAACACGUCAGUCUUCCAGAACAGCCAUAAUUUGUCGUUUAAUUUAAGAGAUUUUCUAUAUGAAAAAUAAAUAAUUGCAAAAAAAGUAUUAACUUCAGAAUAAAAUGUCCUCAUCGCCUGCUGCUACAAGCGUCAUCACAGCCAACGAAUUAGCUUUGCCUUCUCACGUUGUUAUGCAUCGUGGCAGUCAUCAAACCGAAGUACGUCUCUCUCCACAACAAGUAACAACAUCCACAAUAACAGGACCUUCAAGUACAAAUAUCAUAACAACUACUACACCUGCUACCACAAACGGUUUGUCGUUAAUCACACCGAACGUAAUGCAUCGUUCACCGGACAGUCCACAGCCAGAAUUGGCAACAAUGACAAAUGUAAAUGUGCUCGAUUUACAUACUGAUGCUUCAAAAUUGUAUGAUAAGGAAGCAGUUUUCAUAUAUGAAAGCCCUAAAGUAGUGAUGCCCAAUGUGGGUACAGCACAGUCUAAUGAGCAUAUAAUUGAUGCACGUAUGGUGGCACAGUUGAAUCAGCAACAGAACGCGGUAUCGCAAGCUGAUCAACCGCUUGCAAAAAUAGAGUUUGAUGAAAAUCAAAUUAUAAGAGUGGUGGGACCUAAUGGAGAACAACAACAGAUUAUAUCACGUGAGAUCAUAAAUGGUGAACAUCAUAUUUUAUCACGCAACGAAGCUGGUGAACAUAUUUUAACUAGAAUAGUCAGUGAUCCAUCGAAAUUAUUGCCAAAUGAUAGUGCAGUUGCUGCGGCAAUGUUUAAUCAGGCACAAAAACUCUCAAACGAUCAUAAUGUAUAUCAAACUUCACCGCUCGAUGCUUCUGUGCUACAACACUAUGAAGCAGAAAAUAUUGUAAAAACUGAAGUCGAUAUUUAUGAUGAACAUAAAAAGCCCACUGUUACCAGCAAUGGACAAAUUAUUUAUACCAUAUCUGAACCAGAUGCGAAAAGUAUUGGUCACCUGCCUACUAAAAUAGAUCCAGAUCUUUAUGGCAGUGAAAAGCAUGUUGAUUUGAUAUAUAACGAUGGCAAUAAAACGGUAAUAUACACUACGAGUGAUCAAAAAGGCCUUGAGAUAUAUUCUGGCAGUGAUUUAAGUGGUCUUGUUGCUGAUGGACAAGUCGUAGUACAAGGUGGUUUGCAAUAUGCUGGUCAAGGCGGUGCUGGAGGUCAACCUGUAUAUAUUGUGGCAGAUAGUUUGCAAGGUAGCAUAGAAGGACAUCUACAAAGGUAA